GACUUUUGAGACCCUCUGGACCAAUCCAAGACUAAGGAUAUGAGAGUUAAGUAACAGUUAGUUCAUGUAGGGCCAAGAAACAGCUCAAAUUUAUUAGCUUUUAGGUUUGAUUUGGAAUUUCUCUAAAGAGGUCACAUUAUUUUAAAAUAAAUUGAUCAAAAAUUGUAUUGGACAAGGCAAGCAAAAUCCAUUGAGAAGAUCACAACAACAACAACAAAAGAAAGGAACAAAAACGAAGAAAACAAACACACAACCACGGCGAGAGAUAACUAAAAUGUACUGGACUAUUGGGCCCUUAAUAUAUAGGCUAAAUGGGCUAUUAUAGUCACGUCAUUGCAUGGGUAUCUAUCUAUCCGGAAGCAUAGUAAUUUGUUUUAGGGGACUGAUUUGCAAUUUUUACAGAUAUUUUAGCUGUACAGAGAGAGAGAGAGAAUCCUUUGAGCGCCCGCGCCUUUUUACCGGAGAGAUGGCGAGCUCACAGUUCAGUUCAGGUAUACGCAGAUACAAAACUGUAUACUUUGAUUCAUUUGCAGGGUGACGUGAAUCAGGCAAUAUCAAUGGUUUCUUAUUAUGCUUCGUCUUCAGAGCCGGCUCAGAUUCGAGGGAAGACUGUUUAUAUUCAGUACUCUAAUCGCCAUGAGAUUGUCAACAAUCAGAGUCCUGGAGAGGUCCCUGGCAAUGUCCUCUUUCUUGGUCACCUUUGAAGGAGUCCAAUCUCACCAGUGUUUUAGUAGAAACCCGCAAUGUUCAACUUGGCUCUUAUAAUUUUUAAAAUACAGUUAUAGCCUAAUACAUAACUUAUACUAGGUUUUAGUGAAAAAUAAUACAACGUUUAUUUGUUACAAAUUGGUUUUAGUUUAAUUAAAAAUCUGUAUAUUUUCCAACAUGUUUAUAACCAAAAACUGCAUCAAACACUCAAGAUGACUUGACCUUUGAACAACUUUAUUUAUUAUUAAUAAUUAGUCGUCUGAGGCCAAAAUUUCCAACAAGGCUCUUUCUAGGCAGCUUCUUCUUCAUCGUCAUCUUCUUCUUUUUUCUUCUUUAUAAAGACACUCUCUUGAGUGCCUCUCUUUCUCUCUCCCCUCCCUCUUUGAUGGCUUUACUUUCAUCAUGUUGGCUAAUCAUAGAAUCCAUUGUGAUUCAGGAUGGUUUCUUGAAAUGGUCCUACAUGAGAUUAUACAUGCACCCUCUUGUUCUCUUUCUUUGUCAACUUCUUCUAUGGCUCUCUGUCUUCCUUUUAUGGCUUGUCCCAUACUUUCAAGCGUCUUACAGCUCCUUUUUAUCGUUCUUGGUCACGUUCUCAAAGCUAUUUAAUAGUUUUCUACGAGUUAUUAUGAGUAGAAGGGAGGUUACUUAUAAUGUUGUGUCUAGGCAAGAGAACAAGAACACCCUUGUUAAUUUCGAACUUUCUACGAGAAUUCAUAAUCCUGUUCCUUCCUUUAGCUUUUCGUUUAAACAUCAAGUUGAUAGUCAAUUAAAAGUUCUUCUAGUUCUCCAAGAAGGCAAGAUUCUUGAAGAUGAAGAUUUUUGCAGUCAACUUGAUCAAGAAGAUGGUGCUGUUCAUUUUCUUGAUGCUAAGGAAAGCGAGGAGGAAGAAGACACUAUUGACUUUGUUGACGUUGUGAACGUGGAGAAUAAUCUUGAGUUUGAACUUCAGACCAUGCCAAUGGAUCAAGAAAAUAUAUUUCCUUUAGUCAACAAUGAAGAAGAAGAAGAAGAAGAAGAAGAAGAAGAAGAAGAGGAAGAUAUUGUUACCUCAAACGUUGGGAACUAUCUAUCUUCUCUAGAAGCUAGUGAUGAUAUAAAUUCACUCAAUAGCGAUGGAGAUCAACCCUCUCCUUUUUCUAUAUCAAGCUUGGAUUCAGUACUACAAGAAUCGAUUGUAAUAGAGAAUCCAACUCAUCGAGAUGAAGAUGAUGAAACCAAUGAAGUAUACAAUACAUACUGCCAAAGAAUGAGAUGGUAUGACAUCCUAAGCCGCGAUAGAACAUAUGGACUAAGUGUGAUGAUGAACCAAGAAACGGCAAGUACUUUGAGCUUAUGGGGAAUAACAGCAGAGAAGAGGCUAAAACAAAGCAUAGAGAAGGAUCUUGAGCUAGUUUAUAUUGCUCAAUCAUGUUUAUCAUGGGAAGCUCUCCAGCAUCAGUACUUAACAGUGAGAGAUAGAAUGAAAGCCUCUGAUUCGAAAGGCGGGUCAUAUGAAGAUGAUAUCUCUAAAGAAUUUCAGAAGUUUCAGGUUUUAUUAGAGAGAUUUUUGGAAGAUGAAAGGUGUGAAGGGAAAAGGGUAUUGAGCUUUGUUCAAAGAAGGUUUGAGCUCAUGAGCUUCUUUCAAGUCCCAAGACUUUCAGGAUAUAAAAGGAAGGGACCACAGGAAGGUGGAAGAGAGAGUAAUGAGAAACAAGUGCUGAAAGCAAUAGAGAGAUGCAUUACAGUCUUCUAUGACUUUGUGAAAGCAGACAUCAAGAGGCCUUUGGUUUGGGAAAGACUUAAAAUCUCAUUCGUCAACUCUCCUCUUAUGGAAGUGGAAGAUCCUAGAGACAUUAUGCUUUUUCUUAACCUUAAAAAUUUACUCCAAAAGAAGGAACAAUCAUUGAAGGAGGCACAAGGGAAGAAGAAGAAGAAGAUUUGGUUCAAGAAGAAGAAGAAAUCUCCUUACAUGAAAGAAGAUGAAAACUCUAUGUUAGUAACAUUUAUAAAGAUAGAGUUAAAGCUUGUGUCUAGAGUUUUACAAAUGUCUUUGGUCUCAUCUUCUCACCUCAAAUGGUGUCAACACAAGCUCAACAACAUUGAUUUCAAUGGUGGCAAAUUCUCUAGAACUUCCUCACCUGUUUUAUUCCCAUCUUAAUAUUAUAAACUACUGUUUUCUUCA